UGAGGAUCGCACUCCUCUAUAUAUAACAGACACGCACUCAUUUAUUACUCGCAUUUUUCUUUCUCCAACUCGGCACACACGUUCACCACACAUCACCAGACAUGAGGCAGAAAUUUACUCUCGGGUGUUUGCUGCUUGUGGCUUGGUGUGGAGUUGCGAGAGCAUUUUUCUUCGGAGGAAAUGAACAUGUGCACAUCCGAAUCCACGUGCCUGAACUGCACCAUGACGUCCACCACGAAAAACAAAUCUACACCGUCCACCACGUAGACGAGCAUGUCCACCGCAAUGUACCGACCAUCAAGGAGAGCUACGGAGGUGGCCAUGGAGGCGGUCACGGUUCCGGCGGUUUUGGGGGCGGCAACGACGUUGGUCAUUACGGAGGUGACUCCGGUGGAUACGGAGACUCAGGUUCAGGUUACGGCGGCGGCUAUGGAGGCGGAAGCGACAGCUACUCAGCGGGCAGCUUCUCCGGCAGCUACGCCGGCGCAUCAGCCGGAGGCGGCCACGGAGGCGGUGGAUUCUCAUCCGGAGGCGGCCAUGGUGGCUACGCGGCCGGAGGCGGCCAUGGAAGCGGUGGAUUUUCAUCCGGAGGCGGCCACGGCGGAUUCUCGUCUGGAGGCGGCCAUGGUGGAUUCUCAUCCGGAGGCGGCCACGGAGGCUAUUCAAGCGGAGGCGGCAACUACGCGGCCGCCUCCAGUUACGCCGACACUGGCUACAACACUGUCGGAGGCCACGGAGGAAGUGGGGGUUACAGUGCUGGAGGCGUGGGUGGUGGCCUCGGUGGCGGCCACGGCAAUUUCAACUCUGCCGGCGGUCAUGGAGGCGGAUACGCCAGCGGCCACGGAUACAGUGGGGGCGGCCAGGGUGCCUACUCGACUGCAAACAGCUACUCCGGAGGCGGAGGAUACAGCAACGGAGGAGGCGGCCACGGAGGAUAUCACAAGAAGUAGGCUGAUGUAAAAAAAGUGUGGACGUUAGCGAACCCCCGAGUGUAAAUAACCCCAAGAGUGUUUUGUUGAUCGAUCGAGCCGCUGGGCCCGAGUGCAGUCAUUUCUUAUUGUAAAUAAACUCAUUUGUGUGAAAUAAAUUUGUUUUGUUUUGAUACGAAAAUGAAACCGAUUGAAAUUUUAUU